CCUCGUUCGAAGUUGGUAACUGUGGCUGGGACGUAAAUGCUCUGUUCCUCUGCUGUUACUGACUCGAUGGCGACUUGUCUUAAUGGAAGUAAUUUAACACUAUGAAUUUUUUCUUCUGCAAUGUCAAGUGACUUCAGAAGUGCGAUGAUUCAAGUAAUUGCUCAGCUAUGUGGUCAAGUUGGCUUCGAACAAAUUACCGAAGCCUCACUCGAGCUGCUAAUCAGCAUUACAGACGCAUAUUUCCAUGCGUUGGUUAAAAAUGUACAUACACUGAUUGACUCAGAUGGUGGUGCACAGGUAGCGGAUGGGUUGUUGGCUUUGCGUUUAAUGGGCCAAACACCACAAGGCCUUGCCAAUUUUGUAAAAGAAAACAGCCAGUUCUUCACACCAGCACCUCCUAUGGCCUGUGGACCUGUGUAUGGGAAAUUGUGCUUGAAUAUUCCAGAUGAAAAUCACCCCGAGUUGGAAGAGCGGCCACUUUUCAUUCCUCGGCAUUUACCGCUUAAUUUCCGUGAGGAUUUCGGAAGUGAAACUUUUCCACAGGUAGACCAAAAUGUUAAAGAACCAGGUUCCGAUGGCUUUUCGUCACUUUCGUUGCCUUGUACAGUCUCUGCUAACACCCAUUGUGUUUCUGGUUCAACCAAUUCAGUUAUUACAAGCGUUGCUCGUACACUUCCGGAAUGGGCUAGUAGAUCAACUUAUCGUUUAACAUGUGUAUCAGUUGAUCCUUUAACUAAAUCCUUAGUGGAACAUUGUCCACCAUGGAGACCGUCUGAAAUGCUUCAGUCACCGAUUCCAGAUAGCUAUGCAAGUUGUUCUACAAGUAAUUUCCUGUCGUCUAUUUCGAAAAGAGAACUUACUUAUGACUCAACGCCAGAAGACACUAAAGGUGCAUAUGAAUUACCACAGUCACCUGCGAAACAGCGUGGCGCUAGUGAUGAACAGUGGGCAGCAGCCUUACAGGUAAGUCACCUACUUAUUAUCUAUGGUGUAGUUUGGUGAUAAAUUCGAAAUUUAAGAAAGACUUCUUUUUGUGAAUGUCAUUCUUUUAGUUUUUAGAGG